UUCAGUUUAGAACCCGGCUGCAGAAGGAGGGCAUUGCUGUUGCAGCCCCGAAGAAAGGAGGCAAGAAGAAACUGGGGUUCCCUUUGGCCCUGUUUGGGGUCACUCUGGACGUCAUGGAGGACGGUAUCUAUGUGCCUCCAGAUCUGACACCAGAGGAGAGGCUAGAGUUGGAGAACAUCCGGCGACGGAAGCAGGAGCUCUUGGUGGAAAUCCAACGCUUGAGAGAUGAACUCAGUGAAGCCAUGAAUGAGGUGGAGGGGCUGGAGGCCAAUGAGGGAAGUAAAACUCUACAGAGAAACCGGAAGAUGGGGAUGGGGCGUAAGAAGUUCAAUAUGGAUCCCAAAAAAGGAAUACAAUUCCUGGUGGAAAAUGAACUUCUGCGCUCCACACCUGAGGAUAUUGCUCGCUUCCUCUACAAAGGGGAAGGCCUCAACAAGACAGCCAUUGGGGACUACCUUGGCGAGAGGGAGGAGUUUAAUAUUGGUGUGCUCCAUGCCUUUGUUGAUUUGCAUGAAUUUACUGACCUCAAUCUAGUGCAAGCACUCAGGCAGUUCCUGUGGAGUUUUCGAUUACCAGGAGAAGCCCAGAAAAUUGAUCGUAUGAUGGAAGCCUUUGCUCAGCGGUACUGUCUGUGCAACCCAGGGGUCUUUCAGUCUACAGAUACAUGUUAUGUCCUCUCUUUUGCGGUGAUCAUGCUAAACACCAGCCUUCACAACCCCAAUGUCCGAGACAAGCCCACAGUUGAGAGGUUCAUCACUAUGAACCGUGGUAUCAAUGAUGGAGGCGAUUUGCCAGAGGAGUUGCUGCGGAAUCUGUAUGACAGCAUCCGUAAUGAGCCCUUCAAGAUCCCAGAGGAUGAUGGGAACGACUUGACUCACACAUUUUUUAACCCUGAUCGCGAGGGCUGGCUCCUCAAGCUGGGAGGACGGGUGAAGACCUGGAAGCGACGCUGGUUCAUCUUGACUGACAACUGCCUCUAUUACUUUGAAUACACCACAGAUAAAGAGCCAAGAGGCAUCAUCCCAUUGGAAAACCUAAGCAUUCGGGAAGUAGAAGAUCCACGGAAACCAGGCUGCUGUAAGUGUGGAUCCUUUUUACGAGAUGUUGGCUGCCCGCAAGAAACGGAUCUCAGUGAAGCAGAAACAGGAGCAGGCAUGAGGUGGGGUUUAGCUAGUUCCCAUCCUUUCCCCUCUCUGUACAUCCUCCUGUAUUAUCUCUCGGAUCUUCUGACAAGCCCACCUGGGUUGAACUCCAUGAAACCAACCAUUCCUAUUGUGGGUCCACCACACUACUUGGCCAGUCUAAUGGCAUGCCAGCAUCCCACUGCCUCCACUCACUCAUCCCCUCCCCUCCAGAGCUUCCUCUAGCCCUGUGGGGGUUUGCCAGUGGACUUGAGCUUGGGUGACUGCUACGGUGUGGCAACUUCAGGGAAUGGAUGCAUUCUUUGUGUUUUGAGGCAGCAUCUCCAAACUGAAUUAAUCUUCAGCCUUCAUCAGACAAAGUCAAAUGGUUUCAAAGCAUCUCAGUUAACCCCACCACACCUUGACUAGGGGCAACCAACUUUGAUCAUGAUAACGGAACAUUUCCUACUUUGACUGGACUUCUUCGUUCUGCUUCCCAACAUAACAGCUGGUCUGCAUGUCUGAGAAGAAAAAAAAUGAAAAGACCCUUUCAGACUAUUAGCAGUUUAGAACGUGGAGAAGCCCUUGUUUUCACUCAUCAGUUACAGAAAAAAAACGCACCUUGCUCACCUAAGCCAAGCACAUCAGGGAGUAAGCUAGCAUGUCUUUUGAACUGCUAGUUUUCUGUGUUUCAGGAUCACUCAAGUCAUUUAAUUUCCCCAAACUGCUUCCUGAUGCUGAUAAUCACAGGAGCAUUUUGACAUGCUUUUCUCUGUAGGAUGUCCCUUCGAAUUUGUUGCUAAACCAGCCACAUUGUGCAUCCAAGAAAGCAGUAUUCUGGGUCUGGCACACUAAUGUUUAUAUGUACCCUAUUCCCCAUUAUUUGGAUUUAAGAAAGAAAGUAAACAACAACAACAACCGGCUGGGGCUAGAGAGCCAGACAAUGAAAGUAUACACACUGACAUAAUUUUGAACACUAUUUGUAGCCUCCAGCAGGAAUAACUGACACACAUUUGUAAGCUUGUAAUUUUUCAUUGUUAGGCUGGUUCCCAAACUUCCUUGAAUGCCAAGCAAAAACUGACCCUUUCUCCUCAGUUACUUGUGGAGUCAUUAGAACAUUGCCUCUACCGCUAGUUCUCCUUGUUCUUUCCUGCCUCAAGUGUAGCAGCAACAUAUGUGGGGCUUCCUUCUGUAGUUAAUUCAAUAUGUUUUUGGUGACUUACAGAGGAAUUCAAAUGAAAACACUGCCACUGUCAUGUUAUAACAUGAUCAUUAGGACACUCCCUAAUUGGGCGAUGGCAGUUCGGUUUCUGUAGAAGUGCAACAAGAAUUGCCUCUCCUUUCUGCGUUAUAUUUUUCAGAUUCAGAUCUUUUUUUAAAUUCUGAAAACAGUUUUUUUUUAUUUAUAUCAAAAAACUGGCAUUUACUUACUGGCAAAAAUAUACCCAUUGCAGACGUAGGCCCCAAAAAUGUUGAAAAUUCAGGUGGGUCAUGUGAUGACCUGUUUUAACAACUAGGAAAAUGUAUGACCCGUAAUUCCAGGUUCAAUUAAGUCAAAGGCAACCUGUAGUUGUGUUACUCUUUUCCCUUUCCCCAUUCUCUCCAAGACUUAAGAAGUUUGCUCUUCCCGGUGAUAGCCUCACCUCACUAGCCAGGCCUCCCAAGGCCAUCUCCUACACAAGUGAGAGGGAUAUUUUACCUCUUUAUCUUGCAGCUCAGAGCUCCAAAUCUAGUUUUCCUCAGGUUGUCCCUUAGGUAUAACACCUUGGAGCCCGAAGGCUUUUUCAAACCCUAAAUUGGGCUUUCAAAAUCACCAAGCACUUUGUGGCACAUCUCAGGCCCUUGCGAAGGAUUAGUCCAAAGUCCUCGGGAGCUGCAAAGGUCUCCAGCUCGAUAUAGUAAUACCUUCGUCCAUGUGCAUUUCAGCCUGAUCGGCAUCCCCUGUCCAAAGAAAAGCCUCAUUGACUGCAGCCAGUUCAAAUCCUGUUGGAUUUAAAUCCAAAGCAUCCUUCCCCAGAUUAGAAACUCUGAUCAGAAUGAGAGGUUGUGUUUAUUCCAUUUAGAAGAAAAGCAUGGCGGGGGGGAGGAAAGGGCAGCAAGUGAAAGAAAGGGAUUGAUACUAAUUUUCAAUCUUUGUAGGUGAAAAUAAAUACCAAAAAAUCCAGGAUACUCCUUAAAGUAGCAUUUUCCAUCUCAAUCUAUUAACUAGUUUACUCAAAGCUGAGCUAUCUGCUUUAUAUUUGUUCAAACCCAUCCUAGGAAACCCCUUAAUCCCUAAUCCUAAAGACUGGCUGGGGAAUUCUGGGAGUUGAAGUCCACAGAUCUUAAAGUUGCCACAGUGGGACAGCCUUGCCCUAACCCAUGCCUUCUUUUUAAUCUUAAAUUAAUUGCAUUCCCAAAGUUGCUAGCCUUUCCCCUUCUUAACUAAGGUUUAAUUCUAUUUCAGAUCCAAAUGUGUAGCAUACAUAUUUUUACAAACAAGAGUUUCAGAAGAGGAAGGUUAAAAUUAUUAAUCUCGUAACUGGCACAAAGGGAAGAGAUUGCCUUUUUUCCAGCUGUGUGUCAUAACCAAAAAUUUUUCUCCCAAGCUAUGAUUUGUGUGGAGAUGAGAGGCAGAAGAAAGCUCCCUUUAUUUGUUUGAAGGAUCAGUUUUUACCAAGACACUUUCCAGUUGCUUAAUAAUGAUCAAUCCCCACCCCCGCCCCAAUAUAUAUACACACACACAAUAUCCACAUUCAGUAUUGCCCUUGGUUCUUUGACCUGCCUUCUGAUUUUAUAUCUCUGGAAAAGCAUCUUUGUACAUUGGGACUGAUUAUUACUUGUUCUUCAGCAAUACAAAUAGUCCUUUUCUUCAUUACGGAUUUGAAUAUCAGUCUUGUAGGAAGGAGGUAUAACAAUCUCUCCUCCCCUCCUUGCUCCAGAAGACAAAAAGAGAAAGAUGGGCAUUUUUCGUUGAAAGAAACUAUAUGAUAUUUCCUUUGACAGUGAUGUUUUUGAUUUAUUUGUUUUUAAAGGAAAUGUUAAUUAUUAUUUAAAAAUUUAAUAUGUACAACUCUGGAUGAUAUGUAAACACCACAAACUUA